AUCUAUUUAUAGGCGCACACCUUGACUACUUAACUAGUCGGAGUAGUUGAGAUGAACUGGUAGCAGAGCGUCCGGCUUCCCUUCCCUUCUCUUCUCUUCUCGCGGCGCGUGCUCUUCCGUUCCAUGGGGUGAUGGAUGAGAUCCUGCGAGCUGCUGCUGGAUCGAGCCUGAUCGCCACGACAAUGUGGAACUGCCCUGCGCACUCCUCGCUCCUGCUGCCCAUCGGCGACGACCACGUUGCAGUGAAAUGUGAAUCCUCCAGCUCCGCCGCCGGAUCCUCCGCGGGGUUCGACGGAAUGCUCGCCGCCGACUACGGCCAUCUCUGCCACCACAUGUCGACGCUUCAGAACCUCCCGGCGCCGCCUCUCUUCGCCACCCGCAGCUCCGAGAGCUACUUCGGAAUGGGAGACGGUUCUGUCUACGGCGGCGGCGACGGCAGGCCUGCUGCGUUCAUGCACUUCGGCUACACCCAGACCCAGCCACCUACUGCUGCCACCCAUCCUGUGAGAUGGACGGCAGCGGGCGGCCAGACGAUGGUCUCUGACGGAAGCAGCUUCAGUGGCUCCAAAAGGCGCAAGACAGCCACGACGGCGCAUGGUCCGCACGGCCGGCUGCAGGGCAGCAGCGCAAAGCCAAGAAAUAAUACAGCAGCUGCCAAGGCACCGUGCAAGAGGAGCCAGAAGCUGGGGGACAAGAUCACGGCGCUCCAGCAGCUGGUUUCCCCCUACGGCAAGACGGACACCGCGUCGGUUCUCCACGAGGCAGCCGCCUGCAUCAGGAGCCUCCACGACCAAAUCCAGAUCCUCGCCGCGCCCUACCCUGGAGAAAGCUCCUCCUCGCCGUCCUCGUCGCAGGAUGCCGGAGAGGAGCCCGCGACGGGCCUGCGCCGGCGUGGCCUAUGCGUGGCCCCGCUUUCGCCGGCCGUCGCGAGCCUCGUGUCCGGCGCAGCGCGUGACCACGGCCGCGCUCACGCCGACGUGGGGGGUGCUUGGUUCACUGCUCUGUAGCUCAGCUGAAGAAGGUUACGUUGGUUAGAGUCUAUGUAGAAGAACGGUACAGGACACGACCAUAUAAUCGUCACCAUGGCAUGUCCUUCUACUGCGAUGCUAGCUACAGUACUGUAGAAACCUAGAAUAAUUUGCUGCUCGUAUCUGACUCAUUCACAUGGCGUGUUAGCUCGAUCAGUGCUCACGUCCACUCGGUGAAAGGGAAUGGAUGUUAAGCUCCUAUGAAUGUCUGAUUUCCAUGGAUAAAUACAGGUUAUAGUUUCAUGCUCA